CAACGUCAGCAAGAUCACUUGGAAAAAUGGCUGCUGAGAAGAACAUCCUUUUGCUCGGUUCUGGUUUCGUCGCCAAACCCACUCUUGACUACCUCUUGAGGCGUCUUGAGAACAAGGUUACCGUUGCUUGCCGCACCAAGGCUACUGCUGAGGCUUUCAUUGCCGGUGCUGAGCGCUCCACAGCUAUCUCUCUCGAUGUCUCCGACGAUGCUGCCCUCGACGCUGCUGUUGCUAAGCACGACGUCGUGAUCUCUUUGAUCCCUUACACCCACCACGCCCAGGUCAUCAAUUCUGCUAUCCGCAACAAGAAGCACGUUGUCACCACUUCCUAUGUUUCCCCCGCCAUGAUGGAACUCGACGAGGAGGCCAAGAAGGCUGGUAUCACUGUCAUGAACGAGAUCGGUCUCGACCCUGGAAUCGACCACUUGUACGCCGUCAAAACCAUCGAUGAAGUCCAUGAGGAGGGUGGCAAGAUUCUCUCUUUCUUGUCCUACUGUGGUGGUCUUCCCGCUCCUGAGAACUCCAACAACCCUCUCGGUUACAAGUUCUCCUGGUCUUCCCGCGGUGUCCUCUUGGCUCUCCGUAAUGCUGCCAAGUUCUGGAAAGAUGGCAAGGUUGUCGAGAUUGAGGGCCCUGAGCUCAUGAAGGCCGCUCAGCCUUACUUCAUCUACCCUGGUUACGCUUUCGUUGCUUACCCCAACCGUGACUCUACCCCUUACAAGGAGCGCUACAACAUCCCCGAGUGCCAGACCAUCAUUCGUGGUACCCUCCGUUACCAGGGUUUCCCUGAGUUCAUCAAGGUUCUCGUUGAUGUCGGUUUCCUCUCCGACGAGUCCGUCGACAUCAUGGCCAAGGGCUCCUCUGCUACCUGGAAGGAGGCUACCGCUACAGUGCUCGGUGUUUCUUCCACCAAGGAGGAGGACCUCAUCGCUGCUAUCCGCUCCAAAACUCAGUUCAAGAACGCCGAAGAGGAGGCUCGCAUCAUUGCUGGUUUCCGCUGGUUGGGUCUCUUCUCCGACGAUGUCAUUACUCCCCGUGAGAACCCUCUUGACACUCUUUGUGCUACUCUUGAGCCCAAGUGCCAGUACGGUCCUGAGGAGCGUGACUUUGUCAUGCUCCAGCACAGAUUCGAGAUCGAGCACGCCGAUGGCCGCCUCGAGACCCGCACCUCCACUUUGUGCGACUAUGGUGUCCCUGGAGGUUACACCUCCAUGGCUAAGUUGGUUGGUGUUCCUUGUGGUGUUGCUACCCAACAGGUGCUUGACGGUAUCAUCAAGACCCCUGGUGUCCUCGCUCCCAUGAGCAAGGAACUUAACCAGCCCUUGAUCGACGAGUUGUUGAAGGAGGGUAUCUUCUGCAAGGAGGAGACUGUUGCUUAGAUUAUUCUAAACCAAAAACUGUAGGAUAUACGAGACGAUAUGCUAAAAGAGUUCACAUAACUGCC